AUGGAGGGAACCUCAGUCAUGAGCCCAUCGUCCUUCUUGGACGUGGGGUCGGGCUUCGCGUUGGCCGUGGGGCUCGUGAUGGAGGCGGGUUUGGCGGCGGGGGCGCUCGUGACGGGGGCGCUCUUGGUCACCGACCCGUCCUACCGGCCGAGCGAAGCUAAGCCCGCUGCGGCAGGCGGAGCGGUGGUGCCGCCUUUCGCGGGAUCGGACCUGGUGCUGAGCCCGUCGCAAUGGAGCAGCCACGUGGUCGGCAAGCUCUCCACGUGGGCUGACGUGGACUCCCCGGAUGCGCUGAUGCGAUCUGACAGCGAGACUGUGAUUAAACAGGAAAUCAGCUGGGCCUCGCAUUUGUCACUUCAGGCAUGUCUGCUGCCGACGCCCAGGGCUCUGGAUUGCGGCAACUACGCGCGGUGCAUCAACCAAGUGCUGCAGGGGCUGUCCAGCAUGCAGCUGUGGCUGCGCAUCCCCAUAGUGGCGCCAGAGGUGCAGGCAGCAGAGGGCAGCGCAGAGGAGGACGCUGUCAUGCUGCAGCGCGACCCUAACACGAACCGAAUGGUGAACGACAGCUGGGAGUGGUGGAACGCCUUCCGCUGCCUGUGUGAGCACCACGGGCACCUCUCUGUCGCCCUUGACAUCACCGGGUCACUCCCCUCGCCAUCUGCCCUCCACCGGUGGCUGGGAGAGCCAGUCAGAGCAGCCAUUCUGCACACAUCUGCCUUCCUCACAAACAAGAAAGGCUAUCCUUGUCUGUCCAAGAAGCAUCAAGCGCUCAUCCACACACUCUUCAACCACUCCGUCCAAAUAGUGAUAUGCGGGCAGCCCCUGCACGGCCCCUCUGACGCCGCUGCCAUGGAGGCAUCAGCGGGCAGUGACGACAGUGGCAAUGAGGGGAGUGAUGGGGGCGACACAGUCAUCCCCAAGCAUCCGCUGCGCCUCUACCUAGAGUACAUUGCUCAUCUCUACCGCAAGCUGGACCCGCUCACAGAGCAGGAGCGCUUUGAGAUCGGCUACCGGGACUUCCUACAAGCCCCACUGCAGCCACUAAUGGAUAAUCUCGAGGCUCAAACUUACGAGACGUUUGAGAAGGAUGCUACAAAGUACUCGCAGUACCAAAAGGCCGUGUACGCUGCACUGAUGGACCGUGUGCCGGAUAGUGAGGCAGAGAGCAGCACUGUGGUGCUCAUGGUGGUAGGAGCAGGCCGAGGUCCGCUGGUUAGAGCAUCAUUGCAGGCAGCAGCGGAGGCGGGGCGCAAGCUGAAGGUGUAUGCCGUGGAGAAGAACCCUAACGCUGUCGUCACUCUGCAUAGCCUGGUGGCGUUGGAGGGAUGGCAGGAUAUGGUCACCAUCGUCUCCUCUGACAUGCGCAGUUGGAAAGCACCAGAGCUAGCAGACAUUCUAGUGAGCGAGCUGCUGGGGUCGUUUGGAGACAACGAGUUGUCGCCCGAGUGCCUCGACGGGGCCCAGCGCUUCCUCAAACCAGACGGCAUCUCCAUCCCCGCCUCGUACACGAGCUACAUCGGCCCCAUCACCUCAUCCAAGCUGCAUAAUGAUGUGAAGGGGUACAACGAUCUGGCUCACUUUGAGACGGCCUAUGUGGUGAAGCUGCACAGUGCUGCCCGACUCACAGAACCCAAAGAGGUAUUCACCUUCACCCAUCCCAACCGCCAAGAACCCAUCGACAACACCAGAUACAAGCGUCUGCUCUUCGACCUACCUCCUGACACUGGCUCUGCUCUAGUCCAUGGAUUCGGAGGGUACUUUGACGCGGUGCUGUACGGUGACGUGCACCUAGGCAUCGAGCCCUCCACUGCCACUCCUUCCAUGUUCAGCUGGUUCCCAAUAUUCUUCCCUCUGCGCUUCCCCGUAUACGUGCCAGCAGGGGAGAAGCUAGAAGUGCACUUCUGGCGAUGCGUUGGGCCCACCAAG